AGGACCAGCAAGGUGUUACCGUCAGAUUAAGAACAAACCUUACCCUAAGUCAAGGUUUUGUCGUGGUGUGCCAGAUCCGAAGAUCAGGAUCUACGAUGUAGGCAUGAAGAAGAAAGGUGUGGACGAGUUCCCCUUGUGUGUCCACCUAGUGAGUUGGGAGAAGGAAAACAUCUCCAGCGAAGCACUUGAGGCUGCGCGCAUUGCCUGCAACAAGUACAUGACCAAGUUUGCAGGAAAGGAAGCUUUCCAUUUGCGUGUUAGGGUUCAUCCCUUCCACGUCCUUCGUAUCAACAAGAUGUUGUCGUGUGCUGGAGCUGAUAGGCUUCAAACUGGUAUGCGCGGUGCUUUUGGUAAGCCAUACGGUGUCUGUGCUAGGGUUGCUAUUGGUCAAGUCUUGUUGUCUGUUCGUUGCAAAGAUUCCAACAGCCCUAAUGCUCACGAAGCUCUUCGUCGUGCUAAGUUCAAGUUCCCCGGUCGUCAGAAGAUCAUUGUCAGCCGAAAGUGGGGAUUUACCAAGUUUAACCGCAAAGAUUAUCUCAAGUGGAAAUCUGAGAACCGCAUUGUUCCAGAUGGUGUUAACGCCAAGCUGCUUGGAUGUCAUGGAAGGCUGGCUUUAAGGAAACCUGGACAAGCCUUUAUAGAUGCAGCAGUUUCAUAA